GAACAAUCACACGAUAAUAAAUCACAUUGCAUUAAGUGCCCACCAUAGCCUUAAGACCUGUGUUGAACGUGCCCAAGUCCAUACUUAUGAGAGCACCAAGUGAGCACAUGUGUGUGUACACGCGCUUGUUUAUGUAAGGUUUCUCUAUAGGAGCGUCCAAUAGAGAGUGUGAGGGGCCACAGAUCUGCCCCCAAAUGAUGUGCAGGAGAUGGAGGGAGCUCCAAGUCCCAGAGAUCCAGGAGCUGCCCCAGAGCACAGGAACUCCAGGGAGACUGCAACGAGAAAAGCCCCCGCUCCCCUCGAGAGGCGUAGAGGAUCGCCCUGGGGGGGCCACAACCAGCAGCCAGCAGAGUCCACUCAGAUAUCAGCGGCAAGCCCACAGGCCCGCCCGCUGCCUCCCACCCCCUAGCCGGCCGAGCCCGGGACCCAAUGACCCGGGACCCAGGGGCGACCACCCCCGCUGGGGACCCAGCAGAGUCCAGGGACCCAGACCCCACCAGGAAGCCACCGGGCAGGCCGAUGCCAAAAAUCUUAAACCCCCUGACCCGGGAGCCACGACCCAGGCAGACCAAGGCACCGCACUCCACACCAGGUGUGGCAGGGAGAGGGGAGACAAAGAUCUAUAUCAUCACAAGAAGUCCCAGGAGAAGGGAGGAGUCAAAGGCCCCACCUGACAUAUACAGUCAUACACAAACACAGUCACACACUCCCUCCCUCAUGCUCACACAUACACAUACAACCAAAGACGUAAAAUGCAUGUCGGACACCCACUCAUGCUCCCCAUACACACCCUAUUUACUCUGGUCCCGGUACUGCCGCACAUGGGGUACAACCAUUACCGGUUCCAAGAGUUCGACCCUUUCUGCUGGGGUGCUGAUGAGCAGGCUCCCCCGCCCAAUGCUGAGCACAGCAAUCCACCACCCCAGACCCCAACCGGACGGCCGGACCUCCCUCCUAGCCUCCAGCCCCAGGAAGCCAAGCGACAACAGAGGUGUGCUAAGACCCCUAGUCUCCCUCCAACUGCUCUAAUAUGGUGUUAGUGAGUGUUGAUGAGGUGUAUUCCAUGGCUGUGGUGAGCAGGCAGUGCGGGCAUUGUCUGGCCUAUGCCAGCUGAUGCCACCACACCACCCCACUUGCACCCAUAGCCCUCAGUGUCUAAGUGCAGUUUAAAAUUGGAAGUGAGCACCAGCACUUGGGAGGAGGCUGAGAAAUCCCCCUGCCAAAUGCCGUUGGAUGUGCUCACUCCCAAGGCCCUAAGUGUGUGUUUGCAUGGAAUGUCAUUAGUGGAAGUGUUUAACGUGCAGAUAAAAUUGGGCGGCAGGUUGCCACAGGAAUGCGGAAAUGGGAUCCAUACCCACACUCCCUGACUUGUCCACCCCCCAAGGUCCUAUGUGCAUGUUUGCUUGAUGAUGUGAGGGAGCAGGAGGAGAUAAAUGUGUGGGAAUGGGGAGGAAUGGCUUGUUGGGCUUAGCCCUCCAGGAAGCCAGUUCCCCCACUGACCCCAAUAGGCACCUCUGUUGUCAAAAUGCCACCCAGAGCAUGGAGACCCCAGCCCAUCCUGCCAGGGCCCAAAGCAGCAGCAUCACUGAGCCUGACGGAGUCCGAAGGCACCAACCCAGCCCCACCCCAGCAGAAUAUCUACGCCCAUCCCUGCAUUUGCACAACUUCUGGACUAUAAAAGACAUAGGACAUCCAGGUAAGGUUGGGUCCUCCCCCUCCUGGACUUCCCCCUCCCCUGUGAUGGGACAGCAGAGGAGCCAAGGUCUACCCGAGGCCCCUGAACCCGAGUCAGGCAUUGCUGCAUGUUCCUGCCUUCUCCCCGGCAGCAUACAUGUCAGGACCCAAACCCCAAGGCCCCGCCCAGAUCCCCCCACGGGGCCGGCCACCCCCACACCCCGAGCCCCCAGGCCCCCACCCAGACCCACCCAGGGGCAAUGCAGCCGCCGGGCAGUAACCCAUGGCCACUGCCAAGACCUCCAAGGGGCCCCACUCACAACCGCCAGUAGUCCACCCCCCGACGCAACCCAAGCACCUCCAGAGGGGGGCAACGGCCUUCCAGUCCCAGACACCCCCAGUGAACCCACCUCCAAGGAACGUCCAGAUACUCCAAACUCAGACCCUCCACCCCCUCAUCCACAUCAUCCUGCAGGACAAUAUCAAUGGUCCCCCGUCAUCGCUAUGUGAUGGAACCGAUCAAAGGAGCCCAGAGAGAUUGAUCUGAAGUGGAAGCAGAGGCUAAAUCAAGUGUAAUAUGAUCUAACAAAAGAAUUCUAUACUGGUUGAUGCAAAGAGUAUCUCUAUUUUUCCAAUUCAAGAGGAUAGUUUUCUUAGCGAUGCAUAUGGCAGUCAGAACCACGUGAGCCAAAGAUGUUUCAAUCAGGACAUCGUCCAGGUUUCCCAGUAAACAAAGAGAGGGGGUGGUUGGGAUAAGACAUUUCAGACACUUUGACAGGUCUUCACAUACUCUACCCCAAAAUUCCAGGACAGGUGGACAGGACAACAGUGCAUGAAUGUAAUUGUCGGGAACGUUGUUUGUGCAGUGUGUACAGGUGUCAGACGACACAAACCCCAUCUUGAACAUCCGAUAACCUGUAUAGUGUACUCUGUGUAGAAUUUUGUACUGAAUUAAUUGUAAAUUGGGGUGUCUGAUCAUUUUAAAAGUUUUUGAACAAGUUUGGGACCAGAAGUUCUGGUCAAAGCUGACUGAUAGAUCCACCUCCCAUUUUUCAAUAAGGAUUGCUAUUCUAUCGUCUAUUUUGGACAGUGUCAUAUAUUUUAGACAGUAGUUUGGGGGGUUUAAGAUUAUAGAAGUCUACUACCCUUGGUGGUGUUUGUAAUUCUAUUUUAUUGAUCUUACAUUUUUCUUUGACUACAGAUUUAACUUGGUGUUACUCUAAAAAGCUAUUCUUAUCUAUUCCAAAUUGGGAAACUAUUCUAUUAAAUGGGAUGAAGUCCAAUCCUUCAUAUAUGUGUUCCAGGUAUAGGAUUCCUUUAUUCUUCCAGUCUGGAAGGUUCAUCAUUUUAUUAUUUUGCAAGAUAUCAGGAUUAUUCCAGAUAGGUGUGCGUCUGCAUGGUACUAGUGAACUCUGUCAUUUUUAGAUACUCCCACUGUUCUGGCUCUGCCAUAUGUUUUAUUUAUGGGCGCUGUCCCUUUAAGAGAAUCAGGAAGUUGAGCGUUCAGGCCAUGCCAUGCAGCGAUGGCGGCAGUGUGAAGCAGCUUACAGAAAGCGAGGUGUUGUGUUAACAGCUGUGGGUUUUCAGUUCAGAAAGGGCAUUCCUUUUUCACACCUGCCAUAUAAAGUACAAGGUCCAAACCACCCAGGCGUCUGAGACUUCUUGUGUGGAGGUGUUGAACUAAACGGAGAGUGGAAAAGGUUUCCACGAGGCCGUAAAAGUGAAAAAGGAAGACUUCUCAACGAACUACUGACUCCCAGUCUGCGUAAAUGCUGUUUUCAGAACAGCACAUCAGACAUGGUGUUACCAAGUCAGCGUAAGGCACAGUACACCAACACGAACUAUGGAUAAAUCGGAGUUUGAAGUUAGAUCUACUACGUCGCGGUCAAGCAGAGCUUCCGCUACAGGUGUAGCAUUAGCAGCGGCUCAAGCACAUGGCAAAAGCAGAAGCUGCCCAGGCCAGAGCUGCCUUUGCAAAGGACAUAGAAGUCAAAUUGGAAAAAGCCAGGCUAGAAGCAACACUGCAUGCACUUCACAUAGAAGGUGAAGCACAAACUGCAGCUGCUGAAGCAGCAGUAAUGGAGCCUGCAGCUGCGAGUUUGGAAACUAUAGCGGAGCCCCCAAUUAAUCUGGGCCAAACACAACGUGCUUCUGAGCGUACGGCUGAAUAUGUUGCAAAGCACAGUAAUCCCUGUGAUGAAGAACCAGCUAAAAUGAAUUAGAAGGACAUUAAAAAAAGGAAAACACGCACGAAAAGCAAUCUGAUGGGUCAGAUAUGGAAAGAGGAAACGUGUGCACGGAUCUAAAAGAAUACCUGCCCCAGCAGGCCCCAGAAAUCAUUCACUCUAAACCAUAACGGCAUGAACCUAAGAAGCAGGACAACCAGUCAUUCACACCAAAUGCUCAGGAAAAUAGGGCUCACAAUAAUCCCCGCUAUAUGACCCCCUCUACUGGUCGCUCUCAGUAUUGGCCAACUGCUCAGCACUACAGCAGUGACACUAAUGAACUUGCUAAAUAUUUAGUAAAGAGCCAGUUGUUGGUGUCUGAGCUUAAUAAGCAGAGCCGGC